GUCUUGAAGAAGAUAGAGAAAAGAUGGUCCAGGAGAUGAGAAAAACAACCCCAAACCUGGCCUACAUCGAUGAUGCAAUGAAUGCCACAUACGCACUGAGAAGACAGGAGAUUGUUGAAGAGGAGCCACCUGUGGCCGAAAUGAAAGUCAGAUGGCCUGCCCUUUUUACUGAAAGACAGAUCGUCAAGGAAUUCACCAGGCUCAUGUCAAUGGACAUCAAUAAGUUCUAUGACGGUCUGGACAGCCAUCUGCAUAAACUUCUUCAGUUAUACCGGUUGAAGCGCUUCGAGGAAGUUCAAGAAAUGACAUCAUUAAUGGAGAGUCUCGACAAGGAUGCAUCAAACCAAAGGAAGAGAGCAGCAGCUUUGCAGGGACUGCCAUGGUACAUGAAGGAAAAUCCUUCUACAUUGAUGAAGAGAUGUGAGCCAACAGAUCCUGGGGAGGACGUCAUCGAGGGAAUGGUGAUUGGAAUCCUUUUGGUCGUUGAAGAUGUGAAGGAGCCCCUUCCAGUUUCCUACUACGAUGUUGCCAUCGUCAUCGAGGAAAAGAUUGUCAUGCGUCAUCUGGGUGAUGUACCCAACGCUUUUGUGAACCUGAUGGGCCUGCUGUACAUGCUGAACCUUGACUAUCCAAAAGAUUUGAAAUAUACUUUUGAGGUGAUUCAGCGCCUGUUCAUGGGAAUCGGGUCCGAGAUGUGCACUCCUAGGGUCCACUCUCUAAAGAAUAAACUGCUCAGUUAGAGGGAUGGCUCAGGAGGAUGUUUCUGCAUUUGGCCCUGAGGAAGUGUUCUCAUUUUUUUGCCAUUUGUCCAUUGCACUAUGUAGUAAGAGGAAAAGAAAUAUAAAGCCCUUCUGUGGGUCACAGUUUUUUAUGUUUUCAUGUUCUAACAGAUCUCUAUUGCUCUCUGUGGAGGAAAUGUCUCUUGCAGACACUAAUUUGUAUUUUAUAUUGUAGAGCAAACAUAUGAACAGAGUGGAGGAAGUUUCUCAGAGAGAUACAAUUUUAUAUGUAUAUCUUUCUGCAUUUUACUGCAACAAUGCUGAACACUCACUUAGAAUGGAUCAAGAUGUAGAUGUUGAUCAAGUCACUUAGAGAGUUGUUUUUUUUUUCCCCCUCAAAGGAAGGAUGCUCUUUUUUUUUUUUUUUUCUUACAAGCGGGACACAGUGUAAUUCAGUUUUUGACCAGACCUUAAAGAGUCUGAAGAGCAUAGAUGUUUAAGAGGGUGUGAAAGCUUUUUUUGUCUGCAUGUCCCAGAGGAAGAAUUCUCAUUUUUUACACUAUUUAGUAAGAGGAGAUGAAAUGUAUUGCCCUUCUGUUGGUCACACAACCUUGUUUUCAUAUUCUGACUCAUUUCUAUUGCUCUGUUUUGAGGAACACUAAUCCAUGUGAUGUUACAGAGAAAUUGUCAAGAGAGUGGACAUUUCAGUAAUGUUUUAAUGUUUUCAUUUUCAACAUUUUGAUCAACUUUCUCAGAUACGUUUUUUUAGUUUUUUAUGAAUUUCUUUCUGCAAUUUACUGCAGCAACUCUGAACAUUCACUCAGAAUGGACUCAGUUGAACUCGGAGAGUUAUUGUUUUUCCCCAAAGGAAGGGUGCUCUUCUUUUUAUGUAUUAUAUUAUUAUUUAUGUGUGGGACAGUGUAAUUUCAGUUUGUGAGCAGCCCCAAGCAAAAGUGUGUUAGAGGGUGAAAAGGCUAUUUAUUUUAACAUGUCCCAAGGAAGAUUUUAUUUUUAUUUUUUUGCGUCUCGACAUCCAUUGACUAUUAUUUUGAAGCAAGGCUGGUUGAAGUUGGACUUGUUGGGGUUUUAAUAAAGGUCCUUAUUGAA